CCACAGUCCUGUUUGCAGGAUCAAAGUGUGGCUCUUCACAGGGAUCAUUCAGACUUUCAUCAUGAUUUUUCAAGUUGUUUUUGACUAUAUGAAUUUUACAAGUUGGGUGUCAUUCAUUUUUGUCUUGUUAAUUUUGUUUGAUCUGAUAAAAAACCGCAGGCCUCACAACUUUCCACCAGGACCCUGGGCUUUGCCUCUCCUAGGAAAUGUUUUCACAGGAGUUGACUUCAAAUCAGUGGGGAAGCUGGCUGAGAAGUAUGGUCCUGUGUUCAGUGUGAAGAGAGGCAGUGAGAGGAUGGUGUACGUCACGGGAUACAAGAUGGUCAAAGAGGCUCUCGUUAAUCAGCUGGACAGCUUUGUCGAUCGACCAGUUCUCCCUCUCUUCCAUACUAUCUAUAACGGCCUUGGUAUAUCUCUGAGCAAUGGUUACCUGUGGAGGAAGCAGAGGAAUUUUGCCAACACUCACCUGCGUUAUUUUGGAGAGGGCAGAAAGUCACUGGAGAAGUACAUUGAAGUGGAGUGCCACUUCCUUUGUGAAGCUUUCAAAGAGGAACAAGGAAGACCAUUCAACCCCCACUACACCAUAACAAAUUCAGUGAGUAAUGUGAUCUGCUGUGUGGUCUUCGGACAUCGCUUUGAAUACAGUGAUCCAAGUUAUCGCAAGAUUCUGGAGCUGGACAAUGAAGCUAUUGUGCUUGCUGGCUCAGCACAGGCACAGCUGCUUGAUGUCUUUCCUGGCAUCAUGAAGUACCUGCCAGGACCUCACCAGACUAUCCAAAACCACUACAGAGAGAUCAUGGAGUUCUUGAAGAAGGAAAUAGGAAGUCACCAGGAGGACUUGAACCCUGAAGACCCUCGUGAUUUUAUUGAUGCGUAUCUGUCAGAGAUGGAGAGGAAAAAACUGGAUCCCCAGGCUGGCUUCAACACUGAAACGCUGCUGUUAUGCACCCUUGACCUGUUUGAAGCUGGAACAGAAACAACGGCCAACACUCUACGCUGGGCCCUGGUAUUCAUGAUGACCUACCCAGACAUACAGGAGAAAGUCCAGGCAGAGCUAGACAGAGUGAUCGGACAGUCACGCCAGCCCACCUUAGCUGACAGACCCAACCUGCCCUACACUGAUGCUGUUAUUCAUGAGGUCCAGAGGUUUGGAAAUAUUGCUCCCCUAGGAUUUCCAAGAAGCGCCAGCAAAGACACAACACUGGGAGGAUACUUCAUUCCUAAAGGCACUGCUGCUACUAUGAUUCUUGCAUCUGUGCUGUUUGACAAGAAUGAGUGGGAGACUCCAGAUGUCUUCAAUCCUGAGCAUUUCUUGGAUUCACAGGGCCAGUUUCGAAAAAGAGAUGCCUUCUUACCAUUUUCAGCAGGUAAACGUAUGUGUCUUGGUGAGCCCCUGGCCAAAAUGGAGACGUUCCUUUUCUUUGCGUCUGUCCUCCAACGCUUCACCUUCACUCCUGUUCCUGGAGAAAUGCCCAGCUUGGAUGGUGUGUUGGGCUUCACUCAUACCCCUCAGGAGUUCAGGAUGAUGGCUGUGCCUCGCUGAUGCCAUUCCACAUCAAUAACUUGAAGCUACACAAAUUUUUAUCAGCAUACUAGAAAUCUACAGAGAAGCAAAAAUAUAACAUUCUGGCUUGCAACUGAAAAAGACAUGCAGCUUUCUUAAUGCAAGUCUCUUAUCAUUUCUUUAAAUAAUAUUCAGGAAUAGCUCUUCCCACCUCUUGAAAAACAUUCAGUGCUCUUUCAGGUCAAUCUAUCACAGUGAGACCAUUCCACUGAGACCGUUUCUGUUCCACAAACAGUAAAUGGAGCAGCUGCAGGGCCAGAUGCAUCUCUCUGGUGCCAUGUCAGGUCUUUGCUGGACUUUUUUCAUAUUUCUUAAGGACAUGACUGUCAGAUACUGUUCAUCUGCUGUAGAUAGUUUUGUAUCUACUUUGUAUCUUAAUGGGUAGUAACAGCUAAAAUGUAAGCAUGUUUCUAUCCUCCCUUUAAUGAACACAUUAAGAGACAAAACAAUUACAUACUAUGCAGUAAUGGAUAUAAUUUUGUAGUUGGCUUGCAUGGACUUAGGUGUUGUCUAAAGGUCUUCAGUUAAUCAACCCUACCAGGAAAUAUGAAGAAUAUGUCACUGAUGUAUCAAAGCCACAAUUUUAACCUUGAAAGAAAAGGGUUAUUAUGCUACAAAAUCAAUAAUGCCACACUGAAAGUUGAGCCCUGUAUUGUUUUGGUUGUGUUAAUUACAGAGAGAACCCAACAGUGGUGGCAGUGGGAAGGAAAAACUCCCUUUUAACAUGAACAAACCUCCGGCAGAACCCGGGUCUGGGAGGGGCAGCCAUCUGCCAUGACUGGCUGGGGCUGAGGGGAGAGAGACAGGACAAAAGACACGCUGUUGAAUAAGGGCAUCCAGCAGAGUGCCGUGGCAAGUCUUUGGCAUAGCAAAACUAGAUGUUGAGAAAAGAUAGUCACACUAAAAUAUUCAUUAAGGUGUUACAAUUUACAUUGAGAGUAUUUUGUAUUCUAAUCUAAUGAUUCAUUUAAAAAGUGCCAUGAUGAACCUGUUGGCUUUACAUUUUACUUAGUAAUUUUGUUUUGAACUAAUAAGCAGAGUGCAUCACAUGGGAUAUUUAGCAUUGCUGGUUUCACCAAUCUGCACUCUGUAAAUCAGAUUUAUUCAGUAUGUUAAGCCUUUUGUGGAACCCACAUUCUGAUAACAAAAAUGUAAUAAAUAAUAAUUCACUAUUUGUUUUUUCAAUAAACACUAAAAAACUAA